ACCAUAAUGUCACGUUGCAUGAGAACCACACACCUCAAAGAAACCAAAAGCCUAUCUACGUAUAACUCAUUAUCACUUUCUCCUUUCAUCAUGAACAAUGCUUCUCUUUAAUCCCAUCUCCAUCCACGUACCCCUCACCCUCAAACCCACCCCUACCUCUACCUCCACCCCUCACCCCCACAAAAACCUCACCAUUCUCUCCCAACUUCCCCCCACCCCCACGCCCACCCCCACCCCCACCUUGUCAAUCUCAGACACCUCCCUUCAAUCCAAAGGCUUCAAUCUCCACCGUUCAAUCACCAAUCUCAACCUCCAUCACCUCAAUUCCAUCUUCGUAUCCGUUGGAUUCCCUCAACGUGACAUAUCAAAGAUACAAAUUGCAUUAGAAAACACUGACUCACUUAUAUGGAUUGAGCAUCAUAAAACUAAGGGAAGCCCUGUAGCGUUUGCUAGAGCUACAGGGGAUGGAGUUUUCAAUGCCAUUAUUUGGGAUGUGGUUGUGGACCCCAAUUUCCAAGGGAUUGGUUUAGGUAAAGCUGUCAUGGAGAGAUUGGUCACCGACCUGUUAAACAAAGGGAUUACUAAUAUUGCUCUUUAUUCGGAGCCCCGAGUUCUCGGGUUUUAUAGGCCUUUGGGUUUUGUUAUGGAUCCGGAUGGAAUUCGAGGGAUGGUCUAUUCAAGGAAAAAGAAAAAAAAAUAGGAUACGAUAGUGCUCUUUUGAAAAUAUCAGCUCCUAUCUGUGAAUAAUUCGAGUAAACAGUCGGUCCAGAGAUCAGAUUAGCAAAAGCAGCACCAGUUGGAGAAAACACAACUAUCCAAUACUCGCGAUGAAAAGCAAGUAGCUCAAGAAACUGAGAAUUCAGAUAGUUUAAUGAAAUGAAAGUAGCUUUCAGAAAAUGAAACUGAAUAAGAACAUGAACCUUCUGAUCAUCGUUGUCCAACAUUUCUUUGAUAGCAUCCACCUUUGAUGAUAGCCUCAGAAGACAACAUCCACCGCCCACUACUACUCCUUCCUCAGUAGCAGCCUGAGCAUGCAAAGUAGAAUAACUUACUGCUUUGUAGAAUGAUCACUUUAAGAAAUAUUUGAUAGCACAGUGUGGAAUAAAUGCUAUGAAUGAGACUUUACACGA